AUGGAUCUGAUUCUGAAUAUACUGAAAUGGGAUGUUAUGUCUUGUCUAUCAGAGCUCAUGGAGGGUGAAGUGGAGGGAGGGGGUCUGGUGUUGACCCUCCACCUCCCCCGGCCUCCCCUCUCCAAGAUCAAGCCCAUACUGCUCCUUGCCUUUAGAAACCCCAGAACAGGAGCGCUCGGUGCCAUCACUUUCACCAGUCACUCUCUGCAGCCUUACAAACAGGUUUGAACUCAUUACCUGCUCAAGAACAACAUUCCUGAACGUCUUACUUGUCUUUCACUUUUUACAAGUCUUGUCUUACCAUGAUGUUUAUAGACCAUUAAAGGAAAACUCUACUCAAAAACGGUCUUUUGGUAUUUUUUUCAUUAGUCCACUGUUGAUACAGUCCCAACCUGUUUUGUAUGUCAGCAGUCAAGUUUUCAAGAUAUUGUGCUUUCAAGAAGCAAAGUGUCACCGGCCACAUCGUCAUCAUGAUGUAUUUCUCAUCAUGAUAAUGUGGCUGGUGACACUUUGCUUCUUUGGUUUUUGAUGUUCUGCUAUUAUCUGACUCCCACCUUUUCCCACUUCUCUCAGACAGUAUGUAUUUCAGAGGGAACCCAGUUCCUCAUCCUAACAGGAAAGCAAUCAGAGGGCGAAAGUCACCUGAAAUGGAGAUUCAAUGUUGACACAAAAACACCAGAUACAGGUAAGAACAUCUUGUACAGCUUAUCGUGUUCAAGUUAAUAUGCUUUCCUUCCAUCAGCAUGUAUCAAGCUUAUCCACCUUUCGCAGGACAAAAGCUGUCUGAGCUACGAGGUAUCCUGAUUGGUGAAGGAACAAGAAGUGAUGUCAGUGUCAUUCCCCUGGUGCUUUUCUCAAUGGAUAGAGGAACUGAUGAAAGGUCAGUUAGCUUUGUCUUUCUUCAAAUGCGGCAUCUAUUACUGUUCUUUUUCUUUAAAUGAUUGAAGCCAUAGAGAUUCUUAAAUGAGUGUAAUUGUCUUCCUCAGAGUGACAGAAAAUCAGAGUCCCUCCCCUGCGCCCUCUGGGACCUACACUUUUCUGUGUGAGCUGCAGAAGUUCCUCAGUGACAUCCUGCCACCACCGACGCAGUCACAACUAUGGGCUGCUUCGGUCCCGCUGUACUCUCUGCACUCUCUUCCCCCCCUGUCCCUUGGGGUGUCGUCCAGUGAGACCCUCCUUGCCAGGCUGCUCAACUCCUCAGCUCCCACCCUGUUCUCCUUCCCCACACAGGGCUCUGUGCUCCAGGGGCAUCAAGGGGAGCUGUCCCUGCAGCCUGCCCUACUGGAGGUGCUCAGGCAGAGACUGGAGGAGGUUGUGGUCCAGAUGAGGGCAGAGGAGGUGGGCAGAGCAGGGAUGGACAGACUGAGGAGACUCCAGGAACUCAGUGUCCUUCCCAAAGAGGGCGAGGAACCACCAGCAGGUGAGCAGGCCUCAAUGUAAAUUCAUGAUAAAUGUCUGUGCAUUAAGUUAAUUGUUAAGUCAUUUAAACCUUUUUUUCUUUCACUCAUGUAGGUGUUGGGAGUCCCAGUGAGAUGCAGUACCGAGCCCUGCUUCUGCUGAAGGCCCUGCAGACCGUGGUGGGAGCCUGGGAUGUGGAGAGGGGGCAGCGGGCCACCAGAGCAGGCCAGGAGGGCCCAGGGAACGGGCACCUUUGUCGGCUGCACACACUCACUGUGUCCCUGGAGAAAUACCUGCUGUCUCCUCCUGAGGCCACCAUCUACAACUGCCAGGGAGUCUGCAGCUUUCCCCUGACCAACGGUAAUAACCAUGCCUUCCUGCUUAACAGCCAGGUCCAGAGUGGCCUGGCCCUGGAGCGCACACCCUGCUGUGUGCCUGUGGACUAUGAGGACCUCAAGGUGGUGGAGUUGGAUGAGCAUGGAACCAAGAUCUCCUUCAAACCAGACAUGGUGGCCAAGGAGUGUGGAUGCCGCUGA